CGAGGCUGUGGCUGGCUCCUCCCUGCCGAGGGGUGUUAUUCAUGCCACCCUGAGGAGCUGCUGCUGUCCUGUGGGCCCGCCCUAGACAGCGGGGCAGCCCGUCAUUGCUCCCCUGGGUGGAAGUGGGGCUUGAAGCCAGUCUAGUUGUUAGGGUCUGGUGGGGAGAGCCCAGGCAAGCCUCAGACCUGUGUGGGGAGCCCCACUGCCAGCCACUCCACGGGUGCACAGACACCAUAGGGAUGACCCUGGUAUAAACUGCUAGAGGGACAGAACCAGUGACACGUGCCCGGCUCCUGGGUGACUCCAGCUGCCAAACCCAUGGAGAAGGGAGAGCAGCAGUGAGGGCAGCAUCCCAGCGUGGCCCCCAACGAUGGGGACAGCUUCCUCUCUGGUGAGCCCAGCGGGCACCGGAGGGGAGGUGAUCGAGGACGCCUACGGAGGAGGUGGCGGUGAAGCCUGUGAGAUCCCAGUGGAGGUGAAGCCCAAAGCUCGCCUGCUGCGCAGCUCUUUCCGCCGGGUGGGUGCUUCGCGGCCUGGAGGCCUCAUUGGGGCCAGUUUCAAAUCCACUGCCUCGGUACAGGAGUUGGAGUGCAUGGCUGAGUAUGAGCGUCUGAAGAAAGAAUACGAGAUCUUUCGUGUCAGCAAGAACAACGAGGUGGCCUCUAUGGUCAAGAAAGAAGCCAAGCUGGACCUGGAGAACAAGAGACUCCGGGCAGAGCUCCAGGCUCUUCAGAAAACUUAUCAGAAAAUACUUAGAGAGAAAGAAAGUGCUUUAGAAGCCAAAUAUCAAGCCAUGGAGAGAGCUGCUACAUUUGAACAUGACCGAGACAAAGUCAAGAGACAGUUCAAGAUUUUCAGGGAAACUAAGGAAAAUGAGAUUCAGGAUUUACUGAGGGCCAAACGAGAGCUGGAGACAAAACUUCAGAGACUGCAAGCCCAAGGGAUCCAAGUGUUUGAUCCUGAAGAGUCUGAUUCAGAUGACAAUUGCACAGAAGUUACUGCUACUGGAGCCCAAUCUGAAUAUUGGACUGGUGGAGUGUUGGGAAGUGAGCCAUCUAUGGGUAGUAUGAUGCAACUUCAGCAGUCUUUCAGAGGGCCUGAGUUUGCUCAUAGUUCCAUAGAUGUGGAAGGACCAUUUGCGAACAUAAACAGAGAUGACUGGGAUGCUGCUAUUGCCAGUUUAUUGCAGGUCACUCCACUGUUUUCCCACUCUCUGUGGAGUAACACAGUAAGGUGCUAUCUCAUUAAUACAGAUGAGACUCAACCUGAAGUAGACAUCUUCAUUAGGAACUACUCACCAAAACUUCAAAGAAUAUGUGAAACAAUGGGGUACUUCUUUCAAGUUGUUCAUUUUCCAGUAGAAAAUGGAAAUCAUUUCCAGGCUGUGAGAAAAUGGGAAAUUGAGAAAAGUUCCUUAGUCAUUUUGUUCAUACAUUUAACUUUGCCAAGCUGUUUGCUGGAGGACUGUGAAGAAGCUUUAUUGAAAAAUCCUGAAGGAAAGCCCCGGCUGAUUUACCGCAGAAUAGAAGAUGGCAAAGUCAGUUCAGACCCUGUGCAGCAGUUAACUGAGCAAGUUUGUUAUGUGAACAAAGCAAAGCUCAUUGAUCACAUGGGAGGAGUGGAAGAAGGAGCGUAUGAAACUUAUAAUUGUGUGGAAAAGAUCAUUAAACAGGAUAUAUUUGGCUGUGAAAGCACAGAAGUAGAAGGCAAGGAUUUGGGUAAUAAAGAGGAAUCCACUGCACCCGAAGAGGAAGUUUUUGGAGAUGUACUGUGGGAUGCACAUGAUGAACAAGAACAGAUGGAAGCUUUCCAGCAGGCUUCUAACUCAACAUGUGAACUAGGAUUUGAGAAAUAUUAUGAACGUCUAAAUGAUCUAGUGGCAGCACCAGCGCCCAUCCCACCUCUUCUUGUGUCUGGAGGACCAGGCUCUGGCAAAUCUCUUCUCCUGUCAAAAUGGAUUCAACUGCAACAGAAGCAUUCACCAAACACACUAAUUCUCUAUCACUUUGUUGGGAGGCCCAUGUCUGCCAGUUCAGAAUCUGCACUAAUAAUUAAACGGCUUACUUUAAAGCUCAUGCAGCAUUCUUGGUUAGUGUCACCUUUAACAUUGGAUCCAGCUAAGCUCUUGGAAGAAUUUCCUCGUUGGCUGGAAAAACUUUCUGCUCGUCACCAAGGCAGCAUUAUCAUAAUUAUUGACUCUAUAGACCAAAUACAGCAAGCUGAAAAACAUAUGAAAUGGCUGAUAGAUCCCCUGCCAGUGAAUGUAAGGGUGAUUGUAUCUGUGAACGUGGAAACAUGUCCUCAGGCAUGGAGGUUGUGGCCAACUCUUCAUCUUGAGCCAUUGAAUUCUAAAGAUGUGAAAUGUCUCAUUAGUGCAGAAUGUAGCUGUGCAGAUGUUAAAUUGACCAAAGAACAGGAGAAGAAACUUGAGAAACACUGUCGUUCUGCCACAACUUGCAAUGCUUUGUAUGUCACUCUUUUGGGCAAAAUGAUUGCUUGUGCUGGAAGUGCAGGAAAUAUUGAUGAAAUCCUUCAACAGUGUUUCCAGUGUCAAGAUACAGUAUCACUGUACAGACUUGUUCUGAGAUCAGUUCAGGAGUCCAUGCUGAACGAUAAAGACAAACACCUUAUGAGAGAGGUAAGCAAAUACUGCAAUGGAAACUUUUGGAAGAAACGUGUUCCCUUUCCUCCGGAUGAGUUUCUUGAAUCAGAGCUGAUGGAACUUUAUCCCGAACUAUCCUGUGCCAUGUUAGCCUCUCUAGUUCACAGUCUCCACAAGAUGUGUAUGCUGACAUAUGGCUGUGGUUUGCUAAAGUUUCAGCACCUCCAGGCUUGGGAAACGGUGAGACUAGAAUACAUGGAAGAAGGUCAAAAUAUUAUUUCUACUUACAGAGAAAAACUAAUAGACUACUUCACCAUGCAGCUAAGUCAAGGCAGAGUGACUUGGAGAAGUGCAGAUGAACUUCCUUGGCUUUUCCAACAACAAGGCAACAAGCAGAAGCUACACAAGUGUCUCCUGAACCUCUUUGUAUCUCAGAAUCUUUACAAAAGGGGGCAUUUUGCAGAAUUACUGAGUUACUGGCAGCUUGUCGGAAAAGAUAAGAGUUCAAUGGCAGCAGAGUAUUUUGACUCUCUAAAGCAAUAUGAGAAAAGCUGUGAGGGAGAGGAAAGUAUGAUCUGUCUGGCUGAUCUUUAUGAAACUCUGGGACGAUUCUUAAAAGAUCUAGGCCUUCUCAGCCAGGCAGUUGCUCCUCUGCAGCGUUCUCUGGAAAUUCGGGAGACUGCACUGGAUCCAGAUCACCCCAGGGUAGCACAGUCCCUCCAUCAGUUAGCAGGAGUUUAUGUGCAGUGGAAGAAGUUCGGAAAUGCUGAGCAGUUAUAUAAGCAGGCUCUGGAAAUCUCUGAAAAUGCUUAUGGGGCUGAACAUCCCAGGGUUGCUCGUGAACUGGAUGCACUUGCAACAUUAUACCAGAAACAGAACAAAUAUGAACAAGCUGAACAGCUGAGGAAAAAAUCCUUUAAAAUGCGACAAAAAGCAGCAAGGCGGAAAGGCAAUUUGUUUGGAUUUGCUCUUCUACGUCAACGAGCCUUGCAGCUGGAAGAGCUCACGUUAGGCAAAGACACACCAGAUAAUGCUCGAACCCUCAAUGAGCUUGGAGUUCUCUAUUAUCUGCAGAAUAAUAUUGAGACAGCUGAACUUUUUCUGAAGCGCUCCCUAGAAAUGAGGGAGCGGGUCCUGGGACCAGACCACUCAGACUGUGCACAGUCUUUGAACAAUCUGGCAGCUUUGUACAAUGAAAAGAAACACUACGAUAAGGCUGAGGAACUGUAUGAAAGAGCUUUAGAAAUUAGGAGGAGAGCACUAGCCCCUGAUCAUCCUUCACUGGCUUACACUGUGAAACACCUUGCAGUACUCUACAAAAAGCUGGGAAAGCUUGACAAGGCAGUGCCUCUGUAUGAGUUGGCUGUUGAAAUUCGACAAAAAUCAUUUGGUCCAAAGCAUCCUAGCGUAGCUACUGCCUUGGUAAACCUGGCUGUUCUUUAUUGUCAGAUGAAAAAGCAUAUUGAAGCCUUACCUCUGUAUGAAUGUGCAUUAAAGAUUUAUGAAGACAGCUUUGGUCAUAUGCAUCCUCGUGUGGGAGAAACACUAAAAAACUUAGCUGUGUUGAGCUAUGAAGGAGGAGAUUUCGAGAAGGCUGCCGAGCUGUACAAGAGAGCCAUGGAAAUCAAAGAAGCAGAGACUUUGUUGAUAGGAGGAAAAGCAGCUUCCCGACCCUCAUCAAGUGGAGACACUUUCAGUUUAAGAAGUACAUUAUCUCCAAAUGUUUUUCUAGACCAUGGACAAAGGUGAUGCAAACUGGCACAAAAACAAAUGCUAGUGAAGAAUGCUUGAUGGUUAAGUACUUAAAAAAAAAUCUGAGCAUGUUCAGAGAUUAAAAAAAUGAUUUUAGGAGACAAAAUGUUUGUGAUGAAUGAAAAUAUGAACAAAAUUUUACAUUUUAGUUUAAAAUAUUUCCGUUCAUGCUAACUUUUUUGUGGACCAGGUGGUACAGAGUUACUUCUGUGUUACACACAGGCAUUUAGUGAAAGACUGCUGAGUGUGUUCUAUUAGUUAGUUGUUCAGACUGUAGCUGUAAUGCCAGAAAAUAUUGGUUUUGUUUUUCUUUAUACCUCUGCGAGCUACAGGUUGUUAUUCCACGUCAGUUCCUUCAGUGUCCACACUGUUAUGGUGUUUGUGGAAUUUUGUUAUUUUACCUUUCCGUCUUUUCCGGAGCAGUUUGUUAUUCAGGGACACAGUAAUUUUGAGAACCAUAUAUUGUGUUUCCACCCAAAGAAGGAAAGUACCCCCAAACUUCACCUGCUCAUGUUUUGGCUUUAAAGAAAUUUGUACAAAGGAAACUGGGUUCUUAGUAAGACACGCUUUUGAGUUUUUAGAUCAUGGUUGUUGACAGAGGGCUUGUCUAUGUGGUCAGUUCGUACAUGGCAAGCCUGGGUGUAAAUCUACAGCCCACCAGCCUUCACAAUAACUGGCCAUUGGGACCCUGAUACACACAAAUUUCUAUAGUGUGCUUUGAUUUAAACUCUGUUUUGAAACAGAUUGAAGUGCACUAUAGAACUUUUAGUGCAUGGUAGGAAGGUCCCCAUGGCCUGUGAGUGUGCAGCAUGCUAAUGCACUGUAGAUUUACACCCCAGCUUGUCAUGCAUGAACUGAUGAUGUAGACAAGCCCUGACUAAU